CCUACCUGCCGUGGGUACCUAACUGUUCUUAUAUUCUAAUUUCCUGUUUUUUUUUAGUUAGUUUUUUGUCUUCUUCUUGUAUCUCUAGUCUAUUCCACACAAGUUAUAUCGUGCAAGUGCAAAAUAGAUGAAAGUCCAAUUUAUAAAGAUUUUUAUUAAGUAAAAUAUUUAACCUUUAAGUUACUAUUUAUUACUGUAGUUUGCUAGCUAUUAUACUCUUACUGAACGAUGUUUAUCGUGAGUAAAAUUAUAAAUAAGAAGAAAUCCUCACACACUUUUUUUCAAAUAAGAAAUUUUUCAAAAAUUAGGAAACUUCGGGAUGUCAACUACCAGUAUAUUCAGCAAAGUAAACUACCAACUAUGCACUUUCAAAAGUCUUUACCACGCUUACCUGUGCCCGAGUUAUCGAAAACGGGAGAACGUUACCUAAAAUCUUUGAGGCCUUUGCUGACCGAUGAUCAAUUUGAACAAGCUAGACGUCGUACCACAGACUUUGUAACUACAGAAGGCAAAACAUUACAAGAGAAACUAAUCGCCAAGGACAAUAGGAACAAACAUACAAGCUAUAUAUCCGAAUAUUGGUUUGAUUUAUAUUUACGGGAUCGUGUGGCAUUGCCAAUAAAUUAUAAUCCAUUGCUUGUAUUCCAAAAUGAUUCUCGCCCACCCUAUAAUAAUCAGUUAAUUAGGGCUACAAAUUUAUUAAUAAGUGCUGUUAGAUUCAUGUGUUCACUGAGAGAACAAAUCUUAGAACCUGAGGUAUACCAUUUAAAUCCAAAAAAAAGUAACACUCACUUCUUUAGAACUAUUACAGGGCUCUUGCCCGAAGCGGUGUCAUGGUAUGGUGCAUAUUUAUUUAAAGCAUUCCCUUUGGAUAUGAGUCAAUUUGUUGGGUUGUUUGGAGCAACACGUCUACCUCAAAUAAAUAAAGAUAAAAUAUAUCGUGACCCAUCAAGUAAACAUGUGGUUGUACAAAAGAAUGGAAACUUUUAUAUUUUUGAUGUAUUUGAUACUGAUGGAAACAUUUUAUCACCAUCUGAACUUUUGGGAAAUUUGAGUAAAAUCCUCAAUGAUAAUACUCCAAAGGCAGACCAUCCUUUAGGGAUUUUGACGUCUCAAAAUCGUGAUGUGUGGGCAACGCAGCGUGCACAUUUGGAAUCAAUAGGUAAUCAGGAAACCUUGCGCAAAAUAGAUUCAGCAAUAUUUAAUCUGGUCCUUGAUGAUAUUCUGAUAGAAGAUGAUAAACAUAGAAUACUACAAAAUUUCUUACAUGGUGAUGGGACAAACAGAUGGUUUGAUAAAUCGUUCAGUGUAAUUGUAACCGGCGAUGGUGUCGCUGGUGUGAACUUUGAACACUCGUGGGGCGACGGUGUUGCUGUCCUUAGAUUUUUCCAAGACAUAUACAACGAAACCAUAACUAAACCCUUCGUACAUCCAGACACAAAACCUUCAGAUAACAACAUAACUGUUAGUACAUUAGAUUUCAAGUUGGAUGACAAAUCCAAAAAUUUUAUCGAGAACGCAAAGAAAGAAUAUAAACAAUGGUACGAUUCUCUAAGUAUUGACUAUAUAUUAUACGAAGGCCUUACAAAAGGAGCAUGUAAGAAAUUUAAAGUCAGUCCAGACUGUAUUAUGCAGCUGAGUUUUCAAGCCGCUUAUCACCUCUUACGUGGAAAUUAUGUUGGAACGUACGAAUCAUGCAGUACGUCAGCUUUUAAACAUGGCAGGACUGAAACUAUGCGGCCGUGUACUGAGAAGACUAAGGAAUUUUGCGACUUACUCCAUCUUAACAAAUCUUCUAAAGAGGAACUACGAGCCAUCAUGCAAGAAUGUUCGACGUACCACAGUGAACUGGUGAAAGAGGCGGCCAUGGGGCAAGGUUUCGACCGCCAUUUGUUUGCCUUAAUGAAAGUAGCUGAAGAAAACAAUUUGCCGAGACCAGAGCUAUACGACUCUUAUGAAUAUAAAUACCUAAAUAAAUCCAUUUUAAGUACGAGCACCCUGUCCGCCCCAAGUGUUAUGGCUGGAGGGUUUGGACCUGUCGUUAAAGAAGGAUUUGGUAUAGGUUACUCAGCGUUUCCAGACAAGCUGGGUGCAGCAGUAACGAGCUACAAAAACUACAAUGACAGUACACAAUUCAUUGAAGCACUCCACAAAUCGUUUUUAGAUAUAACAAAAAUCUUAUCUGGUUAAUAUAAACUAUGUGCAUAUCGAAUUUUUUGGUGCAUAUGUUAAGUGCCUAUUUAUUUUUAUACUUCUAUAAAUAAUUAAAUCGAAUCAUAUAGGAUCUGGUUUACCAGUAUACAUUUUUAUUACUGUAGUCAAAUGGGAUAGGUUAGGAAAGUUCUAACAUAAUAUUUUUAUUAUUUAUUUUAUUUACGCAAAGUCAACGUAAAACGUCGCGUUUAAAUUUUUUAGCAUUUUGUUAUUAAUAUAGAAAAUAGAAAAGACUAUUUUUUAUAUUUAAUAUAGGGAACAGAAAUAGUAAAUUUUCACAAGAUUCACAAAAAAAUACCUAAUUACUAAAUAUUUAUUUUUGCUUGUGAUUGCACUACUAAAAUAUAAUUAAUGUUUAAUUUUCGCGUGUUUGUUUGGAUGAUUACCAAUCUCGAAUAAAAGAUUUCCUUUUGAUUUUUAAUUGGCAUAAUAAUUUAUGUAUUUUGUAUAACUGGAUAGGGAAAUAUAAUAGUUGUAUUGCGAUGAUAAUUUAAUAAAUUAAAAAAAUCUGAUGGAAAAUGGCAACCAUCACUAGUAGACAUGAAUACUACAAUUAUACAGCAGUAGUAUCAUGAUAAUUUUUAUAGUUAUGACAGGCAGACGGUGGUCAUCACUUGAAUGAAAGUAUUAGCCGCUUUCAAUAGACAUUAACUUUACCAGUGACAUUUGAGAAAGCUAUAACGCCCUUAGAACCACUCAUGCAUUGCCAUUCUUAAAAAUUUAGGUAUUAUGACCCCAUACCUUGAAAUUAUACUCAUUUAUCCCACCUUAGAAUUAAAAACACUGAUAUGUGAAUAUAGCUGAUUGUGCAAAUAAUAUUAGAGUAGAGAUACAUAUAAUUUUUGUACAGUCUCCCUCUAGAUGUCUACCGCUCCUUUGUAUUGCUAAUCUUGAUGAUUUGCCCCCCUUCCCCUUCGCUCACGAAUCGUAAUGUAUCAGUAACUGUAUAGAAUACAUGUAGGUCAAGACGAUAAGAACUUCGUUCUACGUGCGUUUUAUACUAUUAUAUCAAUAAUUAUACUUAUAAAUGUUUAAGUGUAGACUUGAAUAUGUGUAUGUUUUUUACUCAAUCAUAUGUACAAGUACGCAGGAAAAGCCGCAGGAAACCGUUAAUAUUGUAUAUUGCAUUUAAAAAUACAGCAAUACUUAUUUUAUAAAAACAUGUUAAAUUGUUUAUUAAAUAUGCCAAAUAUAAAAAAAUAUAAUAUAAAAUUAUAUGUUACGACCCACGUCGCACGUCAUGCGUCGUACACACUAAAUUGUUAUAGCUCUUAUGUUAAAGAUUACACUAGAUGAAUAGGGUAAUAAUCAUUAUUUUUAACACGCAUUAUUGCGUAUUAAAAUUAUUACCAUUGGUACUAGUGUGUGUCUUGUAGCGUACUAAAAGGCACAGAGACAUUUAAGAGGGUGCUAUAAGUCAAAAUCUUAUGAAGUCUCUAUUUACAUAAACUAGGUCUAUAUAGACAUCAGGAAAUCACUGUGAAUCUCAAUCCUCUAAAGUAGUGAUUCAAUCAUUGAUAAAUAUAAAAUAAUUUCAACAUCCUCAAAAUCCAAAUAAUUAUGAUGGAAAAAUUAUAAGUAAAAUUUUUGCCAUCGUUAUAUAUUUAUUGACAAUAAAACAAUGCUAGUUAAAAAAGCCCAAUACCAAGCCACUUGGCCAUAGUCUUAUUAAAUACUUAGUAAGCAUCGUUCUUCCUUUUAUGAAAACUAAUUCGUGGUUAUUAAUAAUGGAUUUAUAAAUACAAGACGUUAUUUUAAUUUGUUUUAUUUUUAUUAGAAAAAAUAUAAAUUUGCAGUUAUGGGCUUGUUUCAGAGGAUUUCAGUGAUUUAAUAAAGACCUGUAUUGUAGUUUAGAAUAAUUGUUAAAUAGCUCGUAAGUACUGGUGUUAUAUUUUUUUAUAAAAGCAUAUUCUGUUUUAUAAAUUUUAUUAAUACAAUAAUAUAAUUUUUAAAAGUG